AUGGCUGACAACGACAACAACCCCCUCAAAACAUAUCGUGGCAACUGCCAUUGUGGCGCCUUCGUUUUCGAGGCACAGAUGCCAGAGAUCAAGGAUGUCAUGCAGUGCAAUUGUAGUAUAUGCCACCGCAAGGGGUAUCUCCUCGUGAACCCAGUGGAGGGCAGUUUCGAGGUUGUCAAGGGCGAUCUGGACCAGUUGACAACCUACCGGUUUGCUUCUGAGAAGAUCCAGCACAAGUUCUGCCCAACCUGUGGCAUUGCUGUGCUGGCUACAAUGCCAGAGGGCCCACCCGGAAUGAACACGAUGUUGAAUGCUCAUAGUUUCCAAGGGCUGGAUACCUGGGACCUGGAGAAGAAGCCAUACGAUGGCAGGGCGCUUGGCAACGCCUACGAGACACCCAAACAUCAUGGAGCUCACCCCAAGGGUGAGGUCGAGGGUGGGAAGACGUACACAGGCAGCUGCCACUGCGGCGCCGUGACGGUGGCCGUCGCCAGCCAGCCCAUCGACGAGACCUUCGCUGGGAGAGUCAUGGAGUGUAACUGCAGCUUUUGCGAACGGGGCGCCUACACCUGGAUCUACCCUCUCACAGAGGAGGUGGUCCUAGCCAGCAGCCAGGAGCAGGAUAUCGGGCGAUACAGCUUCGGCCGCAACAUGCUCUCCAAGACGUUCUGCACCAAGUGCGGCACGCUGCUGACCAACGAGUACAGGCCCAUCAGCGACGACGAGUUUGCGAAACUGCCCGAGCAGGAGCAGAAGAUGAAGGGGCUCUUUGAGAAGCACCACCCGGUGAACCUCAGGGUCUUUGACGGCCUGGACUUCUCCAAGCUGAGCAUCACGAGAAACGCCAACGGCAAAAACCUCUGGCCUCCUUAUGAGAACCCAUGA